CCGCGAGGGGGAGCGGCCGGACCCAGAACGCUACCAGUCCGGGGGUGGGGCCGGGCGCAGCGGCGAGAGAGGAGAAGGUGGCUGCGGCGGCAGCAGCUCAGUAGGCUCGGACCCAGCCCCGGCUCGGAGCACAGGGCGGCCGCCGCAGAUCCCUGCUCUCCUCCCCGUGAGCCCGCCCAUGGCGGCCGCUGGGCAGCUCUGGCUUCUCUACCUGUCGGCGGGGCUCCUACCCCGGCUCGGCGCUGCCUUCAACUUGGACACCCGCGAGGACUAUGUGAUCCGGAAAUCUGGGGACCCUGGGAGCCUCUUCGGCUUCUCGCUGGCCAUGCACUGGCAGUUGCAGCCUGAGGACAAGCGGCUGUUGCUAGUGGGGGCUCCCCAGGCAGAAGCCCUUCCGCUGCAGAGAGCCAACAGGACAGGAGGCUUGUACAGCUGCGACAUCACCUUGCGGGGGCCGUGCACACGCAUCGAAUUUGACAAUGAUGCUGACCCUUCGUCAGAAAGCAAGGAAGAUCAGUGGAUGGGAGUCACUGUCCAGAGCCAGGGUCCAGGGGGCAAAGUGGUGACAUGUGCUCAUCGAUAUGAAAAAAGGCAACAUGUUAACACAAAGCAGGAAUCCCGGGACAUCUUUGGGAGAUGCUACGUCUUGAGUCAGAAUCUCAAGAUUGAAGAUGACAUGGAUGGAGGGGACUGGAGUUUUUGUGAUGGCCGUUUGAGAGGCCAUGAAAAAUUUGGUUCUUGCCAGCAAGGUGUAGCAGCUACUUUUACUAAAGACUUUCAUUAUAUUGUGUUUGGAGCCCCUGGUACUUACAACUGGAAAGGGAUUGUUCGUGUAGAGCAAAAGAAUAACACUUUUUUUGACAUGAACAUCUUUGAAGAUGGGCCUUAUGAAGUCGGUGGAGAGACUGACCAUGACGAAAGUCUGGUUCCUGUUCCUGCUAACAGUUACUUAGGGUUUUCUUUGGAUUCAGGAAAAGGUAUUGUUUCUAAAGAUGACAUAACUUUUGUAUCUGGAGCUCCGAGAGCCAAUCACAGUGGAGCUGUGGUUUUGCUAAAAAGAGACAUGAAGUCUGCACAUCUUCUCCCUGAGCACAUAUUUGACGGGGAAGGUCUAGCCUCUUCAUUUGGCUAUGAUGUGGCAGUGGUGGACCUCAACAAAGAUGGGUGGCAAGAUAUAGUUAUUGGAGCCCCACAGUAUUUUGAUAGAGAUGGAGAAGUUGGAGGUGCUGUGUAUGUCUACAUUAACCAGCAAGGCAAAUGGAAAAAUGUCAAGCCAAUUCGUCUUAACGGAACCAAAGAUUCAAUGUUUGGUAUUGCAGUGAAAAAUAUUGGCGAUAUUAAUCAAGAUGGCUACCCAGAUAUUGCAGUCGGAGCUCCCUAUGAUGAUUUGGGAAAAGUUUUUAUCUAUCACGGAUCCGCUAAUGGAAUAAAUACUAAACCAACACAGGUUCUCGAGGGCACCUCACCUUAUUUUGGAUAUUCAAUUGCUGGAAAUAUGGACCUUGAUAGAAAUUCCUACCCUGAUGUUGCUGUUGGUUCCCUCUCGGAUUCGGUAACUAUUUUCAGAUCCCGGCCUGUGAUUAAUAUUCAGAAAACCAUCACAGUAACACCCAGCAGAAUUGAUCUCCGCCAGAAAACGUCCUGUGGGGCGCCUAGUGGGAUAUGCCUCAAGGUUAGGGCCUGUUUUGAAUAUCCUGCCAAACCCACUGGUUUUAAUCCUCCAAUAUCAAUUGUGGGUACACUCGAAGCUGAAAAAGAAAGAAGAAAAUCUGGGCUGUCAUCAAGAGUUCAGUUUCGAAACCAAGGUUCUGAGCCCAAGCUUACCCGAGAACUAACUCUGAAUAGGCAGAAGCCGAUAUGCAUGGAAGAAACUCUCUGGCUACAGGAAAAUAUCAGAGAUAAACUGCGUCCCAUUCCAAUUACUGCUUCAGUAGAGAUCCAAGAGUUGGGCUCUCGAAGGCGAGUGAAUUCACUUCCAGAAGUUCUUCCAAUUCUGAAUUCAAAUGAACCCAAGACAGUUCAUACUGACGUGCACUUCUUAAAAGAGGGAUGUGGAGACGACAAUGUAUGUAAUAGCAACCUUAAACUAGACUAUAAAUUUUGUACCCGAGAAGGAAAUCAAGACAAAUUUUCUUAUUUACCAAUUCGAAAAGGGGUACCAGAACUAGUUUUAAAAGAUCAAAAGGAUAUUGCUUUAGAGAUAACAGUGACAAACAGCCCUUCUAAUCCAAAGAAUCCCAAAAAAGAUGGUGACGAUGCUCAUGAAGCUAAACUCAUUGCAACAUUUCCAGCCACUUUGACUUAUUCUGCAUAUAGAGAACUGAGGGCUUUCCCUGAGAAACAGCUGAGCUGUGUUGCCAACCAGAAUGGCUCACAAGCAGACUGUGAGCUUGGAAAUCCUUUUAAAAGAAAUUCCAGUGUUACUUUUUAUUUGAUUUUAAGUACAACGGAGGUUACGUUUGACACCACAGAUCUGGAUAUUAAUCUGAAGUUGGAAACAACAAGCAAUCAAGAUAAUUUGGCUUCAAUUACAGCUAAAGCAAAAGUGGUUAUUGAACUGCUUUUAUCAGUCUCUGGAGUUGCUAAACCUUCCCAGGUGUAUUUUGGAGGUACAGUUGUUGGCGAGCAAGCUAUGAAAUCUGAAGAUGAAGUGGGAAGUUUAAUAGAGUAUGAGUUUAGGGUAAUUAACUUAGGCAAGCCUCUUAAAAACCUUGGCACAGCAACCUUGAAUAUUCAGUGGCCAAAAGAAAUUAGCAAUGGCAAGUGGUUGCUUUAUUUGAUGAAGGUGGAAUCCAAAGGAUUGGAAAAGAUAGACUGUGAGCCACAAAGUGAAAUAAACCUCUUGAAAUUAAAGGAGUCUCACAAAUCAAGAAAGAAACGGGAAAUUGCCGAGAAACAAAGAGACGACAGCAGAAAAUUUUCUCUGUUUGCUGAAAGGAAAUAUCAGACACUUAACUGUAGCAUGAAUGUGAACUGUGUGAACAUAAGGUGCCCGCUGCGAGGGCUGGACAGCAAGGCUUCUGUCAUUUUGCGCUCGAGGUUGUGGAAUGGCACAUUUCUAGAGGAAUAUUCCAAACUGAACUACUUGGACAUUCUCGUGCGGGCUUCCAUCGACGUGACUGCUGCCACGGAGAAUAUCAAGCUGCCAAACGCAGGCACUCAGGUCCGAGUAACUGUGUUUCCCUCAAAGACUGUAGCUCAGUACUCAGGAGUGCCGUGGUGGAUCAUCCUAGUGGCUAUUCUAGCUGGGAUUCUGAUGCUUGCUCUGUUAGUGUUUUUACUAUGGAAGUGUGGAUUCUUCAAACGCUCUAGGUACGAUGAUAAGGUUCCCUCCUACCAUGCUGUGAGGAUCCGAAAAGAAGAGCGAGAGAUCAAAGAUGAAAAGUAUAAUGAUAACCUUGAAAAAAAGCAGUGGAUCACAAGGUGGAAUGAAAAUGAAAGCUACUCCUAGGGGAGCCAAAAAAGCUCCACAGUACCAAAACUGUUUAUUUUUACCCCCCAACCCAGAAAUUCAAAUGGAUUUUUAAAGUCCUUUCAAUACCUGAAUACUGAUUUCAGACUGACUACAUGCAGUACGAACCAACAGUUUUAACUGUGGAUAUUGUUACGUGGCCGAAGGCUCUUGUUUUGCACAGCCAAAUUUAAGUCUGUCGGAAUGGAUUUUUCUUUAACUGCCUUAAUUUAACUUUUCUGAGUUGCCUUUGUUUUCCAUGUGUCUGACGUGCACGUGCUGGGGAAGGGUCUGCCGGGUUUACUCCCGCGACAUCGUCUGGAUGGUGGAGCUGGAGGAAGGCACCCACAGGCACCUGCACUAAGAGAAUGCCUCCCCUUUGGUCAGCAUUGCCUCUGCAAACAUUCUUUCCUUAGGAUUGGACACCUGCAAGUGAACUGGCCCGCAUUACAAGACUCUGUUGUCUGGGUAGCUGUGUUUCCAUUUAAAGCGCCAUUUUAAAUUAAAUGUGCAAUAGAAGGUAAUAUUGCCAUCCUGCCAUCGUUUUCCGUCUCCUAGAUGUGUGAAUACUUGAUCACACCAGAUGCUUACAGGCUGCACUCUUUCUCUUCACUAAAAUACACAGGCGCAACAGUCUUGAUGCUAGUUCUACUUGUUUGUACAUAUUUAGUCCUGGUAUUUAUUAUUAUUAUUUUACAAACCAUUUUGUUAUUGACAGGCCAAAGAUUCUUCAGUUUUCCCAUCAGGUUGGUUUAAGCAAUAAGAAUUAGAACAUGGGAGGUCAUUGGUUUGACCUAAAUUAUUUACAGCAAAAGGAAAAUACUAGUUCUUUGUAAAUGUACAAGAGAGUUGUUUUAAUAACUUAAACUCAUCUGUAAAUUAUAUCUUCUCUCUCUAUGACAGUCCCCUACCUUUUUCCUCCAAACCCGAAAGCUUUGUUUAAGAAAUAGGAUUAACUGUAAGAUGUUUAAUUCUUAUCAGACAUUGGAUACUUUUGAGUUGAGAGCCCUGCGUGAUAUUUCUGAAUUUCAUGCUAUAACUUUCAGGAACUCUUGGGAGAUAAUGGGUUUGUUCACUGAACUUCAGUGCAGUUCACUCACUGCUGCAAAUACUGUAUAUUCAGGACUUGAAAGAAACGGUGAGUGCCUAUGGUGGAUCCAAACUGAUCCAGUAUGAGACUACUGAAUACCUGAUACCAAACCAGUGAUUCUAAUUCUAGUCACAGCAUUACUGAUUUUACGUUUUUAAAUGUUAUUAGAGCCAUUCAAUUAGUGAGUCAUGUUUUGUUUCUUCCCCUGUCCUAUAUUUCCAAAAUGACAUGGGACUACUUAACAAGAACUUUAAAUUGUUUAAUUGUAAAAAUGGAAAGAAAAAAAAAAGACAGUUGUUAUUCUAUAAAUUCAAUAGAGUUUGAAUAAAUAUGAAAGCUGAAUUUUUUUUUUAAUUACUGUGCUUCAAAAUGUUAAGUUAUAUGGGGAGUAACAGCAAACAGGUGCUAAUAUGCUUGGAUACAGUGUGAGCAAUGAUGUCUCAAUCUUUUAAAAGAACAAAAGCCAAGCUUAUAUGCCAUUGGUUUGGAGUUUUAAUUAUUUUUUCUUUUCAGAAAUCUUAUACUCUUAAGAUACUAAGGACACUAUUCUGAUUGUACUUUGGAAUUUUCAUUCACAGAAAUAGUUAUACAAAUGAUAUUUUAUUUACAAAAAUUUCUGUAAAACAGGGUCAUAACCGUGUUUAAAAAUCUCAGUUUCUUGUUUAGGUAAUUCCAAGCCUAAUGCACUGGCUUUAUAGGUUGCUAAGAAGCUGAUAUUUUGACAGUGUUGUAGACUUAUUAUAAAAAUGAAUGCCCCGAAAAGGGGGGGUACG